CGCCGCCGACACCGGUAGUGACGCGAAAAUGGCGUCCUCUGCUGCUCGGCUCACUACACGCUGGUUAUCGGCAUCAGUUUCGUCUGGACACCGUAGCGGUCGUUUUCUGAAUGUCUCCGCAGGACAUGCAGGAGUUAGUUCGGCGGCGAUACCGCAGACGCACCGGGGAGGGACAGCGGUUAGCCUGAGCUCCUGGACACACCGAAAGGCCGUGACAUUGACAGCCACUAGAUGUCACCAUGGCAUUGCCUGCCGCUCUUUGCACACCAGCAGCAGGUUGGCAAACAAGCAGGACUUCUAUGGAGUCUUGGGUGUCUCCCGCAGUGCCUCACAGAAGGACAUAAAGAAGGCUUACUACCAGCUGGCAAAGAAGUACCACCCAGACACCAACCCUGAUGACCCAGGGGCCAAAGAAAAGUUUGCCAAGCUGGCUGAAGCCUAUGAGGUGCUGAGUGAUGAGGUGAAGAGGAAGCAAUAUGACACAUAUGGAGAGGCAGGCUUCAACACAAAUCGUGCUGGACAAGGCCAGCAGCAUUACUACAGGGCUGGGGGGACGAAUAUAGACCCUGAGGAGCUCUUCAGGAAGAUCUUUGGAGAGUUUACUGGAGGAAUGGGCUUUGGAAACAUCAACAACAUGUUUGAUCAAAGACCUGAGUUUGUGAUGGAACUCACGUUUUCAGAGGCAGCAAAGGGUGUGAAAAAAGAGCUGAGUGUGAACUUGGAUGACAUCUGCCCGAGGUGUGAUGGAAAAGGCAGUGAGCCGGGCACCAAGGUGUCUCACUGUCAGUACUGCAACGGCACUGGCAUGGAGUCGAUCAACACAGGUCCUUUCAUGAUGCGCUCCACCUGUCGACGCUGCAGUGGGAAGGGAACAAUCAUCACUACACCCUGCGCACUGUGCCGAGGGUCAGGCCAGAUCAAGAAGAGGCAGACGGUCACUGUACCGGUACCUUCUGGAGUGGACAAUGGUCAGACAGUGCGCAUGGCAGUAGGGAACAGAGAAAUCCUCAUUACAUUCAGGGUCCAUGGAAGCCCAGUGUUCAGACGCGAUGGAGUAAACAUCCACUCUGAUGUGUUUAUCUCUAUAGCUCAGGCCGUCCUGGGAGGCACAGCCACAGCACAGGGCCUCCAUGAAACCAUCAGUAUAUUGAUUCCUGCUGGCUGCCAGGCUGAUCAGUUGAUCCGGCUGCAGGGGAAAGGCAUUCGGAGGAUGAACAGCUACAGCUAUGGAGAUCACUACGUUCACAUCAAAAUCAGAGUGCCAAAGAAGUUGUCUCGUAGACAGCGCUCUCUGCUGCUGUCUUAUGCCGAAGAGGAGACGGAAGUUCAGGGGACUGUCAACGGCGUCAAUCGUUCUGCAGGUCAGGGAGGGGGCAGCAGCACUUCAGGUUCUGGUGCGAAGUCGACCAGCUCAGAGGAGGGACAGGACAAGCAGCAGCAGCAGCAGCAGCAGCAGCAGGAAGGAGGAGGCUUCUUCUCUGAAUUAAAGAAAUUGUUCAGCUGACAGGCUGCAGGUGGAAAAUCCCAGUAAACAUGCAAAAGGAAGAAAAUAAAUCCACUGACUGGGCCUCCAUGCUGUCUCCUCUUGCUUUGGGGAUUGAGCAAGGAGGAGGAAGAGAGAGGCAGUGUGGUAUUUGUGUUGACACAGUCACACAUUGUUGAAGCUGCAGUUGGCAAACAGGCCAGGUUGAAGCGAGGUCCACCCACACACCCACUGGCCCGUCACCACAGACAGGUGCUGAGCUGAGAAACUCAAGAACUGCUGGAAGAUGAACAAGAUGGUGACUACAGAAGACUAUUGUGGUAUAACUCCCCCCUACGUACUGCGUUUGGAGCUGCGCUGCUCUCUGAGUCACAAUGUGCUCUACAUACUAUUUAAUAAAACCAAGUGAAUAGGACUUUGCUAUGCACUUCAUUUUAGUGUGCAGUCACCAAACAACUCAGUUAAAGGAAUAAAACACACAUCACAUAGGAUGCUAAUUGGGUAAGUAACAUAGUUGUAUGGGUUUUAAAAAGGAAAAACAGAUGAAGAGUCACUGGAUGUUAAAACUUCCAAAAUACACAAAAUAUCCGGUUCUGUGUAAAGCGUCAAGAAUGGGAAUUUGUAACUGUCAGGCUUAGCUGUUGCUACUCCGUAUGAUUUGUUGUACCUGUGUGGUAACAAAACUGCAAAUGCACCAUUAAUAAAAUGCAAAAUCUUUAA